GACCGCGCGCGCGCCGCGAUUCAACAUUUCAACCCAACUGCGCCGCGCGCCUCCCGCCAGCUCCCUCAUGCCGCGCCCGCCGCCUGCUCGACGGGAUGCGACCACCGCGCCCGAGCCCGCCGCCCUCGGCUUCCCUCUUCAACUCCCUCAUCGCCUCCCGCGCCCGCGCCGGCCGCUCGGCGGACGCCCUCUCGCUCCUCGCGCGCAUGCUCGCGGCCGGGGUCGCCCCGACCGCGUUCACCUUCGCGCCAAUCCUCUCGUCGCCUUCCGCCACCGCCUGCUGCGCCGCGCAGCUGCACACGCACAUCCUCAAGAGAGGGUUGCUCCACUGCGAGCCUUACUCGGGGACCUCGCUGGUGGGGUUCUUCGGGCGGAGCGGACGGCUCGACGGAGCGCUCAAGGUGUUCGGUGAAAUGACGGUGAGAAGCGUGGUCACCUGGAACUGUCUCAUCUCUUCGUUCGUGCAGUUUGGACGCUCCCGCGAUGCCCUGUUCUGGUUCAGGGAGCUCGUGAGAAGCGGUGAUGGCUUAUCAGACGGCUCUCUUGUUGCAGUGUUGCCUGCGUUUGGGUCGCCGGAGCAAGUUCAUGGUCUCGUGAGGAAAAUCGGAAUGGAUUCCUUCUCAGAAGUUGCAAAUGCAUUGUUGAAUUCAUACUGCACUUGCGGUGCUAUAUAUGUGGCAGAGAAGAUGUUCAAUGAGUUGAUGUUUAGAGAUGUGGCUUCUUGGAAUACAAUGAUAACUGGUUUUGCUAAGAGCAAUGUCCCAGAGAGAGCUUUUGAGCUUUUCUUGAGUAUGCAACGCCAGGGUGAUUUGCCAAAUGAAACAACAUUUGCCAGUGUUUUUUAUGCCUGCGCCAGUAUGAAUGGACAUGAGCAUGGGAAGUUUAUUCACGCAAAAGUUAUCAAGCGAAAUCUCAAUACAAGUGUGUUUCUCAACACCUCACUGGUCGAUUUCUAUGCAAACUGUAUUGGUUGGAGGGAUGCACAUAAAAUAGUUGAAGAGAUUCCUGAGAAUAGCACCGCAUGUUGGAAUGCUCUAAUUUCUGGUCACUCCGAUAGCGACGGUCCUACUUCUUUGGUUAUUCUGAGAGACAUGUUACGAUCAGGGAUUAAACCGAAUGAAGUUAGUUUUUCUGCAUCUCUCAAGGAUCCUUCUCUUUUGGAUCUCCAGCAGAUUCACUCGUUAGUGACAAGAUUGGGUCAUGGUGAUAAUGACUAUGUUUCAAGUGGUAUCAUAUCAUCGUAUGCUUCACAUGGCAUUGUUUCCGAUGCCUUGACUUAUGGAGUUGCACUGAAUCCUGAUUCUUGUAGUGUCUCCAUGAAUGUUUUAGCUGGGGUGUAUAAUAAAGCUCGCAUGUACCAAGAAACUAAGGAACUACUUUUACAUCAGCAAGCUAGAGAUACUACUUCAUGGAGCAUACUUAUUACUGCUUGCGCACGCAGUGGUGAUUAUCUUGAAGCUUUUGAAUUUUUCAAGCAGAUGAAAAUUAUGGGGUACCAUGUCGAUAACUAUGUAUUUGUGAGCUUGCUGAGCAUUUGUACAAAAAACAACAGUCUUGAUCUUGGCAAGUUGAUUCAUGGGCUUAUCAUCAAGACCAUUUCCGGUUGCUGUGACACUUAUGUUGAUAAUAUGUUGCUAGAUAUGUAUGCUAAAUGUGGUAGAAUUGAAGACUGUCUCAAAGUUUUUGAGGAAAUGAAAGAUAGGAACCUUAUCUCAUGGACAGCCGUGAUUUCCGCCCUUGGACUUAAUGGGUUUUCUCACAAGGCCUUGGCAUGGUUUAAAGCCAUGGAAAAGGACGGCUGCAAACCUGACAAAGUAGCAAUUCUAGCAGUUCUGUCAGCUUGUAGACAUGGUAGACUUGUGGAGGAGGGGAUGAAGAUAUUCAAAAAUAUGAAAGCUAAUUAUUCAGUUGAAGCUGAGAAGGAGCAUUACAUUUGUGUCGUGGACAUGCUGUGUAAGUGUGGUCAUUUGAAGGAAGCUGAGGUUGUGAUUAGAGGCAUGCCGUUCCAACCAAGUACUGUCAUAUGGCGCACAUUCCUCCAAGGAUGCAAGACAUAUGGUGUAACUGAAGUACAAGUGUUUUGCUAGCAGCGAAUCAAAUAGAAUUCCUCUUGAUAAACUGUAGAGGUGUAUGUGUUUUUUUUUCAUAUUAACCUAUCGAUCUUUUUUGCUGUUAGUUCAAUAUUUAGAAUGUACGAGAUCAAGUUCAUUUUUGUUGGAUUUGCACAUAAUGAAGGUACCACAAGAAUAGAAGAUAUAUAAUAUCAUCACACCUGUUUUGGUCCAUCCAUUUAGAUGUUGACUUAUGCAUUCUCAUUGUUGAAGGUUUUCUGGUAGAUGCAGUAGCAUUGUGGUUUGCAUCUUUGUUUCCCCAAAAAUUCAUGUUCUUUAUUAAUAGCAUCUUAAGUUGGUUAACUAAAAGACUUACCCAGUGUUGAAAGCUCGCAUUUUAUACUUACCCAGUGUUGAAAGCUCGCAUUUUAUACUUCAAGGAGGCUGAUUUGAGCACAGAGAUCUCUAGGACACAAGUUUAGAGAUUCUACCACUGCACCAAGCCCACCCUCUUCUAGGUCACAAUUAUUAUCAAUCUCACAUCAUGCUGCUUCUCAUCCUGCAUUCCACCUUGCUUUGUGUAGCAGCAAGAAUAAGGAGGCAUCUAUGAUGUUUCCAUCAUGAUUAGGCUAGGGCAAGAAGGAUGUCUGCUAUUUUGGUAACCUGGGAACAUAGCCCUCAAGAUCCAGCCAUUUACGUCUUCAAUGACAAUGCACUGCCUUGGGCACUUGAAUCUGAUCUUUGUCCUUUGUGAAGGUUAAAAGGGAAGGGAACGGUGCAUUCCAAGUCUCCGAGAAGCUAAAUGGAAAUGAGUACCAAGGUAGGCAUACCCCAAGUAUGGGAAGGUCAGCCGGUUGUUGCAAGUUAGGAUGUGGCUAAUCGGUUGCAAAGAAUACAAAGCAAGUCUAGGACUGAGACACCUACUGACACUCUGAGGUACCUGGGGCUUUUGACGAAGCAUGCACAUUAGCAAGGCAAUAAGGGUUAUAGCGCAUCCAAGCAAAGGCUUUUUAUUGGUAUUGCGUUGCCUUCCCGCUGGCACUGUCUGCAUAGCGACAAAGGUGUUCGUUAAGUAAUCGUUGGUGAUGGUGCACCUCUUGUCUUGAUACCUGAAAGGUGAUUUGGUCAAAGAAUUCAAAGCGCUUUCUCACUCUAGACUUGCACAUUAUCUAAUGGGUGGUGCAGAUACCUGCAAUUACUUAUCAAAAUAAGAUAGCAAAAUUUAAUAGUUCAAGAGCACUCCAACUUACCAAAUCAAAGUGGCAUUUUCCAUGGUGUGGCGCCGUGGUACAUGAUGAAGCCUGUAGCUGUGACCUCUACAUGACCCAUUUGCACUCAGUGUGCGACUUCCUGGCGUGUUUGCCAAAGUACCAUCUCUGUGGUACAUGCUUGAAGGCCCCAUCUCAACAAGUGCAGGCAGGAUCAGAUCAGCAGUUCUGCCUCCCAAGUCCCAAGGGUGGGCUGAGACUGAUUGCGCCUGCCAGUGCCAAGUUCGUAAUGUAUAGUGUGCUGCUAGGUCUCUCGGUUUUACUUGAACUCAGGGCUCGGUGUUUGGUUUUGUUACCUUUGGAUUCUUCUUGUUUUUUAAAUGUUUGGCUGUUGAUCAUGCCAUUACACAAAGGCAAAAUUGCCUCCAUACACGUUGCCUGAG